AUUCAAGCGUUGUGGUACUCGAAACUGCGAGGGCGGCAUUGUGUGUUCGUUCCGUGAUUCAAUUGUGUUCGACCAAAAAAUCAUAGUCGUUGUUGUGGCAAGCAGUGCUAAUAUCGAGUUAAGAAAUCGGCUGAAGGCAAGCCAAAAAGUGACCGAUGCCCAGCCGAAUUCACUGAUCCUUCGAGUUGCUCGUUCGCUGUCGCCAGUCGGUUGUUGCCAGUUCGUCGCGAGUUGUGGCAACUUCGUGAGAGAAACACAAGGGCAAGCUCUUGAAGACAGCCAAAUUCAAUAAUAAUACUAGCCUGAUUGUUCGAAUAAAAUAUAUGCCAAAAUUGGUGUUGCUGCUGAGCUCGUGAGAUGUUGCUGCUGCAACAGCCGCAGAUUCGUGUGGCCCAGUGUCAGUGAUAGAGAAAUUUAAGCCGCUGAAACUAAACUUCAGGAUGAUGCCAAGCGGAUUACACAGAAGGAUUAAAUAACAAAUGGCGAGUGUCAGCAGCAGCGAGCGACUGAUGAUGGAAAAAUCAAAUUGAACCUCAAAUUAGAGAGCGCAAUAAAUCGAAUAGAAAAGAUGCGAGUGAAAAUGCAAGCAGCUCCAGGAAAAAACGAGAAAAACACGAAACCGCGGCUAGACCGAAUGGGAAACUUAUGAAAAACACUACAGUCCAAGCAAGAACCAAGCUAAAGAGAAAAACAUCGUCGGGAAGAGGCAAAGCAACAAUUACUGAGGAUUUGGGGCCAAGAACCCAGGAAAAUACGCAAAAAUAAUAAAAGAUCUUGAGAAAAAGUCGAGACUUAAAAAAUUCCGCCAAAGGAAAGGGAAUUCCAAUAAAAUUACCCAAAAAAUGGAUACACUUUUCACUGCGAUUUUCCCCCGGCAGUUGGUGGCUUUUCUUCUGGUCCUGGCCACGGCUUUUUUUCUGGUCAGAGGUGAACAACACCCCGCAACCGCCGAUGAAGGACCCCUUUCAGAGGUUUUAACUGCGGUUGGCUCGGAGGUGGCGCUGCCCUGCGAUCUUCUGCCGGGCACAAUGAUCGCCGAUAAGGUGCAACUGGUCAUCUGGUACCGCCAGGGAAAUGUCAAGCCUAUCUACACUUUUGACGCUCGAGGACGUCCUUUACACCAGGCUAUUCCUUGGGCAGAUGAAAGUGUCUUCAAUAAGAAAGCACACUUUCACUAUGAUACCAAUCCUCCAGCCUUGCGGAUCAAGAAUAUCCAAACUUCAGAUGCCGGACUCUACAAGUGCCGAGUGGACUUUCACAAGUCCCCAACCCGCAAUUGGCGCAUUAAUGUGACAGUGCUGGUUCCACCCACUCAGCUGACCAUCCUGGACCAUCAUGGAGCCGAGUUACGCGACCAAUCAGCAGGACCUUACUUAGAGGGCGACAGCAUCGACUUGACCUGUCUUUCGAGCGGUGGAGUUCCUCCUCCGCGCGUGUCCUGGUGGCGUGAACACGCCCUGAUCGACGACUCCUUCCAGGUGCUUCCCGAUGGCUCCGUCCGCAACGUCCUGCGUCUGAAGAACAUCCAGCGAAAGGAUCUCCUAACGAUGUACACUUGCCAGGCGACCAAUGGCCAUGUGGUUCCGGCGCUGACCAAGAAGGUUAUCCUCGACAUGAAUCUUCCGCCGCUUAGUUUGCUAUUACAAGGACUUAAUCACGCCGUAAUAGCUGGAACCCGCACCCAUGUAACUUGCACGGCAAUUGGAGCUCGUCCUCCGCCGGAAAUUAUUUGGUCCAAGGCGGGUCAGAUUGUGAGAGGAGCCACGGCAUCGACCUCCUCCGAUGGAAAUACAACCAUAUCGGAGCUGAUGCUGAUACCCGUUCCCGAAGACAAUGAACGGCAAGUGGUCUGCUCUAUUUCGCUAAACGCGGGGAUUACUUCCCAGCAACUGCAAGAGGGUCACACAACAGUGAUGACCAGUCUGGGAAAUGGACACACUGGUCUGUACCUCAAGGAUUCCAGGGUGCUUAAUGUAACACAUGCACCUAUUGUCAACCUGAAUCUGGGAGCUCCUCUCGACCCGAAUAAUCUACUCAAGGGUACCGAUGUCUACUUGGAGUGCGAUGUAAAGGCGAAUCCCUCGAUUACACGUGUGGAGUGGUAUCACAGUGACAAGCAACUGCACUCCUCCCGCGGCAUCAUCAUCUCGAACCAGACCCUCGUCCUGCAGGGCAUUUCGAAGUCCUCGCACGGCCAGUACUUUUGCAGGGCCACCAACCUCCAGGGCAGUGUGUCCAGCAACGAGGUCUACUUGGAUGUGAAGUAUCCGCCCGUUUGCAAGUCGGAGUCAACGAUUAUACGUGCCGCACUGAAGCAGACAAUCAACAUCACCUGCGAGGUGGACGCGAAUCCACUCGAUAAUCUAAAUUACAAGUGGCACUUCAACAACUCGCUGGAGAGCCUCAUCGAGCUGCCCCAACUGGGAGGCGGUGCUCCGCUGAUGCUGGCCUCCGGGUCGGAUUUGAGCGGAUAUUAUCAGCGGAGCAAGCGGAAGCACUCGCACGGAGUGCAGCAGAGGCUGCUCCAUGGAAGACAUGGCCGCAUGGCCGCCGUGCGCUUCGAGGACGAGGACGAGUACGGCGAGUUCGAGGAGUACGGCGAGGAGGGACAGGGACAGCCCUUCACCCAGAUGGUCUACUCUAACAUGGUGCACAAGAACCACGUGGAGAACAGCAAGCAGCCGCAGCGGAAGCAGCUGCCCCAGCAGCAGCAGCAAAUGCCAUCCGGCGGCUCCCCCAGCGACGGCCACCACAGCUUCUCCUCCUCAUCCUCAUCCUCCUCCAGCGGAGUCCUCCAGCUGGCGGAGCGCAAGCGCCUGGCCGCCCUGCACAAGCAGCACCACCGAGGAGGCGUGGCCACGCCCCCGACCACCACCUCGGCCCCGCCGCUGAACAACGUGUACAGUUACCAUGUGGAGAGCUACGAGAGCUUCGGCGCCAUUUCCUGCGUGGCCAGCAGUCCGAUGGGCCACAGUCCGCCCUGCUGGUAUCACAUCCAGCCGGCAGACCUUCCCGAACCGGUGAAGAACUGCACGGCCUUCAAUGCCACGGCCAACUCCCUGCAGAUCCAGUGCAUCCCUGGCUUCGACGGCGGCAUCCCGCAGCACUUUCACGCCCAGAUUUACGACGAACUGAACCGCCAGAUCCUGUACAAUGCCUCGUACAAGUACCCGGAGUUCACGGUGAAGCGGCUGCCCAGCGACUCCGUGUUCGUCAUCCGGAUAACGGCGGUGAAUGCGCAGGGGCCGAGCAAGGUGGCAUAUCGCCUGCGAGGACGCACACUUUCAGCACCGUUGUUAAGGACAGCCUCGUCGACGGCGGUGCUGGUGCAACUUACGCCCCUGCUGGGCGCCCUGGUGGGCGUGAUUGCCACACUCAUUCUGGUGGCCAUUUGCGUGGUGAUCGUUAUCAAAUUCCGCAGCAAGCGGGGCGGCAGGCGCCACGGGAACGGGGCCGAUGCCACCACCACGGAGGCGGACAAGGGCAGCGCGGAGCCCCUGUCCCGCAACAUGGGCAGCCACUCCAGCCUCGAGGACAAAAACCCGGAUGUGGUGCCCCAGGAGGCCAACAGCGAGGACGAGUUCCAUCAGGAGGAGAAGGCCUUCGACCGAUUGAAUAUGGAAUCGCAGCGAAUUUUGUACACCCCGCCGACGCGGAUUAACACCGCCUCCCCGCCACCGCCCUCGCUGUCGCCCACAUUUGGCAAACAGUACGGUGAACUCUCGCUAACCACGAACCCUGCCUUCAGCCUGUACAACACGCCCCAGCGAGCACCUGCCGUUCAGCGACCCGUUUACACCGCCCCGCCACCCCUUCUGUCCACAAGGACGCCCCCCAACAUCUACACCCGCAUUCCGGGUAGGGGGGGUGGUGGGGGCGCAGUAACGGUCGCGGCGGCAGGGGCCGGCGGCUAUCACCUGCCGGCGUACGAGACCAGGACCUCGCCCACCUCCCCGUACGGAUCCACCACCACCUGCACGAUGCCCCUGCUGGGCGGCCAGUCCAACGGAUCGCUGCAGACCAACGCCAGCGGGCUGGGGGGCGUGGCCCUGGGGGGCGUAGGGGCGUGCAACACCCUGCCCCAUCCGGGCAGCCUGCACGUGGGCGGCAUUUCGGCGGCCCUGACCAGCUCGGUGACCAGCGGCAACAUCACCAUCGGCGCGGCCCAGUCGCUGCUGACCUCGCCGCGCUCCCAGACGGCCACCUACAGCACCACCCUGGGGGUUGGCGGGGUACAGGCCCCACUCCUGAUGAGCGGCGGCGGGAACUACGAGACGGUGAGCUCCUGAGAGUUAGCCAAAGAGGACAUCAAGUGUCAGAUCGUGUGCAUUGGCGGGAGCAGUACGUGCACCACCACAUCUAUGGGCGCCGAGCGCACCACCAUCGUCUAAAGAACCAUUACGAUGGGCUGAAGAUUCGUCGACGAGGUAACUGAAUCCCAAAAUCUGUAUUAUAGUAGUUAAGCUGCAUCAAAAACGCGACAAGACUUCCCACACACAAAGAGCAGCAGGAGCAGAUGGAAAACUAAGUUAAAAAUCAGAUGUAUAGAUAUAUAGAUAUAGCCUAUGUGUACUGGAUUAGCAUUGUUUUUGAACCCGACUAAAGUGUAACUGUAAACCACAAAGGAAAGCAUUUAUUUAGCUUACUACUGUACCACACGAAUCUGUUUUUGUGCGCAAAAAACGAAUAGGGAGUGGAAUACUUCAGUGAACAAAGGAGCUAUGCUUGUGAAAUUAACGAAAAACUAGUUUAAACUUCAAACUAAGAGAUUUACUGAAUCGCAACUAGUUAAGCCAUAGAUGUGUAUAUAUGUGACUUAAUUUAGGGUCAGGUCAGCUAAUACUUAAUCUAGUUUAACGACUUAGCCACUUAAUGUAGCCUAAACUAAAUUGAACUUAGUUAGUCACAUUGCGAAUCUACGAAAAGACUAUCCCCCUGAUCAUAUUUAUGAUAAAAUUACAGAAUUUAAUGGCAUAUCUCUAUAUCGACACAAUACAUAUAGCACGAAAAAGCAGCAGCAACCAACAAAGGAAUCUGAAAUAGGCGCAAACUAUAUAUAUUAUAAAUGAUACGUACGAUACGACACAAUACGAUACAAUACGAUAUGGUGUGGAAUGAAAUGAGUUAUACUUGUAUAUGUGCAUCGAAUCAUAUUUUGUUAAAUGUGGAAUGAAAUUUUAUACGCAUCUGUUGUCGAGAACUUUAUCAAAUCUAUAUAAUACGAAUAUGUAAAAGAUCUGUAUGUAUCCAUGAUUAUAUCGCGCGCAAAAAACAAAUAAAA